CCAGCUGCCUCACCUUCUCCAGGCUGCUUUUACUCUGUCUCUCACCUUCUCUUUAUAUAUAUAUAUAUAUAUAACCAACAAUAUUUUCAUCACCUUCAUCACCAUCACCAUCAUCACCACCUCCAUCAUCGUCCUCGACGAGAUUGGCUUUUUUUAAAAGUGAUCGAUACUCUCAAAUCAACAUCCAAUCAGUGAACACAGAGAGAGUAUCGAUGGGGAGGGCUCCUUGCUGCGACAAAGCCAACGUGAAGAAAGGGCCAUGGUCGCCGGAGGAAGACGCCAAACUCAAAGCUUACAUCGAACAGCACGGCACCGGCGGCAACUGGAUAGCGCUUCCUCAAAAGAUAGGGCUCAAGAGAUGCGGGAAAAGCUGUCGUCUGAGAUGGUUGAAUUAUCUUCGUCCCAACAUCAAGCAUGGAGGUUUCUCAGAAGAAGAAGACAACAUAAUUUGCAGCCUGUAUGUUAAUAUUGGAAGCAGGUGGUCUAUAAUAGCGGCGCAAUUACCAGGGAGAACCGAUAAUGAUAUAAAGAACUACUGGAACACAAGGCUCAAGAAGAAGCUAAUGGCGAAGCAGCGUAAGCAACAAGAAGCCCAAGCUCGCCGAGCUAACACCCUCAAGCAAGAACUUAAGAGACAGACUAAUAAUUUGGUGCUGAUGAACCAAACUCGUCCUUUGUGCAGCACGCAUCAUCAGCCUUCUGCAAGUGCUUCUUCUUCCUUCCAAGAGCCCUACGAUCUCAACAAUCUAAGAAGCUUGUUGACUAAACUAGGUGGAAGAUUCUCCCCUGAUGAUCAUCAUCUCCCUCCAUACCCAUAUGAAUGUGACCCUUGCUUCUUCUUCCCGCAAGACCAGCUAUAUCCAGUUGAAAACUCAGUGAUAAACACUAAUGGCAGUAGUACGUCGAACGUAUUUGAAGGGUUUCAGAAUAUUGAAAACUUCCCGAACAACGAUUUGAGCGAGAUGGGCUGUGUGAACAGUACUACGACGCAGCAAAUGGAUGGGUUUCAGAGUUACAGUGGAGUAAUGGAGUCAUCGACGGCCACGACGACUUCAACGGAAAGUACUAUUACCAGUUGGGCAGACAUGAGCUCUCUGCUUAAUUACUCUCAUAAUAUGGUUUCCGAAUUCCAAGAAAUAAUGUUGCCUCAAGAUGUUACUUUGGAGGAGCCUACCUACUGUGGAUGCAAUAACUUCCCUGUACAUGGGAUGGUCUGAAUUUUGUAGUACUCUUCAUAUAAAACCCUAACGAUUUCACUUUCA